AUGUCCUCACCGCCAGAUACACUGCAACCCAAGUCAAUCGCGGCCCGCGUCCACCAAACAACAGGCAAGGAGUACCUCCCGCGCAUCUGUGUCGGCGGGUUCUUCCUGGAGUCUUUCUGGCACCUGGCCAUCAAGCGAAGGGUUUUCAAGACGCCCGCAUCGACGGUGCAGGGUGCCAUGCUCAGGGCGGCUGCUUUUUGGCCGGUCCUAUUCCUCACAACGGGCGCGACACUCAAGUGGGCAGAAUGGGAAAUGGGAAAGACCGAAGCGGCAGGGAAGGGGAAGGAGGAGUAG